AUGCCCGGCCCCCGGCGCCCCGGCCCCCGCACGGGCCGUGGCCGCGCCUCGGACUGCAGCCCCUGCCCGGGGCCCCGCCUGGGUGCCCCCGACCGCGGCCCGUGGGGCCCCACGCCCCCUGCGCGCCGUCGUCCCCGGAGCCGCACUCUGAGCCCCUCCCGGAGCCGCUCCCGCCGCCCGCUGCCGCCCGCGCGCCCGCGCAGCCCCACGCCCCGCGCCGAAUUAAAACGAGGAAUUUCCCAAGACUUGAUUUCUUCCCCCAAAUUAGACAAAUACAAAAUAGCAAGACAACUAACGGACAAGGCAAUCAAGGUAAAUGCUCUCUGGGGCUCGAUCUCCAUCUCUGGACACUACCCGGUGGCCCGGGCCUCCCUGCGGAAGGGCUGGGCGGAGAGGAGCUUCCACUUUCUGCCCAAGGUCGUUCCGAGGGUCGGAGACGGAGGGGAAGGAGCGCCAGAAAGCAAACGUGCUGAAGGCAAAGAAACUCAAGAAGUGGCUUUUUUGGGGAAAACAGACGCCAUCCACGAUGUGAUAUCCAGGUUGGUAAAAAAUGAAACACCAUUCUUCCUCUGGACAAUCAAAAGGGACAUCAUUGACUAUCACAGUCUGAGCUGCAACCAGAUGCUGAAUCACUACGGGAAGACGGCGUCCUUCACCACCAAGAUCGGGCUGUGCGUGAGCCUGCGGAGCCUGCUGUGGUGCGUCCAGGCCAACCCCGACUCCUUCCCACGCUGCUACGGCCUCUGCACCGAGAGCGAGAAGCGAGAGUUCCUGGACGACUUCCGGCGCACGGUGGCCUCCAGCAUCCUCAAGUGGGUGGUCAGCCACCAGAACCGCAGCAGGAGCGCACCCAAGGGCUGGAGGGAAGAGGCCGGUGACAGUGACCCCAGCAACAAGCAAUUUCCUGAGAGCACGGGAUCGAGGUUCACAGGCCUCUCAGGGCAGCUGGUGGACAUCGCGUGCAGGGCGUGUGAGGCCUACCUGGGGUGGCUGGAGCACGAAGACAUCGACCUCUCUGACGCCGCCGCCAAGGACCUCACGGAGGACGAGUGGAAGGACCUGACCCAGCAGUACUGCACGCUCAUCCACGGCGAGGCACUCAUCUCCAAUUCAGGAAAUUACUUUUCGCAGUGCCAAGCUCUGCUGAACAAAAUCACCUCUGUGAACCCUCAGACGGAGAUUGACGGGCUUCGGAACAUCUGGAUCGUAAAGCCCGCGGCCAGGUCCCGGGGCCGAGGUGAACAUGUGCGCAUGAACCACGUGGAGGAGACCCUGGAGCUGGUGGCUGCAGACCCAGCCCCCGCCAAGGGCAACAAGUGGCUGGUGCAGAAGUACAUCGAGGCGCCGCUGCUCGUCUACGGCACCAAGCCUGACAUCCGGCAGCGGUUCCUGGUCACCGACUGGAACCCGCCGACCGUCUGGUUCCACAAGCAGAGCUCGACGCAGCGCCUCUCCCUGGACAAUCUGGACAGCGCCAUCCACCUGUGCAACAGCUCCAUCCAGAAGCAUCUGAAGAACGACGAGGACCGGAGCCCCCUGCUGCCGGGCCACAACAUGUGGACCAGCACCGAGUUCCAGGAGUACCUGCGGAAGAGCGGCCGCGGGGCCGUGUGGGGCAGCGUCAUCUACCCGUCCACGAAGAGGGCCGUCACCAGCACCACGCAGGUGGCCCCUCCCCACGCCCCAGUUGUCGGGGGUCUCACCCAGCUGGCCUUUGCCAUCCAGCUUUCCAAUCUCUCCUCCCCAGCCAACCCCAGCUCUGUGGCCACCUGGAAGGGCCCUGCAGUGGAGCUGCCCCCCUUGCCGGGGUCCGACCUCUUCGUGGAAGGGGUGAGUGUGGGGAAAGCCAAGAAGCAGAUGCCGCCCAUCUCCAGCUUUGACUCUGCAUCUCCACUCUUGGAUAUUCAUCCACUAAGAGAGAGGUGCCCCUCGGCCGUGCCAGACCUGGCUCUGGGACCACCACGCAUGGCUCUCCAGCAAGACUUGAAACUGAAAGACGAAAAGCUUCUGAUGGAGCGGGCCACACGUGGCCCGGGAGCCUGGCCUGGUCUUGGCCUCCGAGCACAGCAAGACUUGGCUCUGCCCCGAGAGGCCCUUUUCUCGUCGUCCUCCUCGGCCGUAUACGAAGGAGAACGAGCCAAGAUUACUCCCGAAGCCGCUCCAGACGAUGUCCGGGUCCGCUCAGGGCGCACGCCGGCUUUCGAGGGCCCCUCCAGGAAGGCGCCUGGCUGCGCCACACUGGGCAUGCGUGACCCUCUGGCCAGUCUCCCUGCUGUGUGCGGUGUCACUGUGGUUGACGUCUGCCUCGGUCUUGCGCUGCCAAGGGCCCUCCCAGCGCCGUGCCUAGUGUGCCGUGGCUCGCUGCCGCCCGCCGGUCCCUGCAAGCGCUGCCGCCCGUUCUGCGCCGCCGUCCUGCAGGGUGCCUCCGUCGUGCCCCUCGGCAACGGGCCGGGCGGCGGCCUGUGCACCCCGUGA